UGUUUUAUCUUUAUAUCGAGAGUGUCAUUUCACAUAACUACUGGAGUGUCAAAGAAAAUACCGUAUUUAUAGUCAGCAUAAUUAUUGAAAAAUGGUCGAAGUAACUGAUGAAAGCUUGAUGAGAUGGAUAAGAAGUUCAAGAAUGCAAAGCCAAGAUCAACCAUAUACACGUGCAAAGUAUUUUAGUUUUAUUGAUGAUACGUUUUUCGACCUGACACCACUAAAUAUUAGCAGACAUAACAUCAAAGGAGAAUUCUAUAAUCUGUGGGAUAAUCCUGUGCUCGGCAAUUAUUCCGUGAAGAUGACCUGCCCUAAUUGCCUAGAGUUUAUCUACACCAAACUCUACAGCAGACCUACUCGGAGAACUGUGGUGGCCAACGUGGUCUUAUCCGUUACUGGGUUGUUUUGCAUCCCGAUGUGCUGCCGGCUGUACCACUACUGUGUACAUCUUUGCCCGAUGUGCUUGAUCUACCUAGGUCGCACCAGCCGUCGGUGUAUUAAGAAGCGGUGGGUAUGUCAGCGUCGGCUUUGGCCCUGCCGCUACGCCAAACCAUAGAGAUUCAUGGUCUGGAUACGCUAUGGGACAAGAGCAAACUGCCUGUUUUGAGGUCCAUGGCAACGAAACUAAUCUUUUAUGAAGCACACUUUUAUUUUAUAUUUUAUGUUUAUUUGACCGACUUUACACCCUUGAGUCAAA